UUUUAAAAAACGUUUGGCAUCUCUGGUUUGUAAUGGUAAACAUAUAAGGUAUAGGUUGAAUUAACCGGAAUCAAGCGUGUUACAAAAAGUGUUAGAAAUUUGUUUUACUAAUUCUAAGCAAAUUGAAAGUACCAAGUCAUACAAUGGAACUUCUUUCCGACGAAGGGCUUCGGUUGGAUGGCAGACGAUCCAACGAACUGCGCCGCAUACAGUGCAAACUGGGAGUUUUCAGUCAGCCCGAUGGAAGUGCCUAUAUUGAGCAAGGUAACACUAAAGUUCUUGCCGCCGUUUAUGGGCCGCAUCAAGCCCCGGCCAAGAAAAGUAGCCAUGAGGAGGUGAUUGUUAAUUGUCAGUACAGUAUGGCCACCUUUUCCACGGGAGAACGAAAAAAAAGGCCGCGGGGCGAUAGAAAGAGCCAAGAGAUGACCAUCCAUUUGCAGCAAGCAUUGAGUGCCGCUAUCAAAACGGAACUGUAUCCCAAGAGUCAGAUCGAUGUGUACAUAGAAGUGUUGAUGGCAGAUGGUGGAAACUAUUGUGCUUCCGUUAAUGCAGCUACGCUGGCACUCAUUGAUGCUGGAGUUUGUUUAAAGGAAUAUGUAUGCGCCUGUACGGCAUCCUUAGCUGGUGCCGUUCCGUUGAUGGACGUUUCUAAUUUGGAGGAAAUGAGUGGCGGACCGACGCUAACAGUAGCUUCACUGCCAAGCAGCGGAAAAAUAGCUUUCAUGGAAAUGUCCCAACGCUUUCAUCUAGAUCAUCUGCCAAAUGUUCUUGAGACUGCUUUGCAAGGUUGUCGAGAGGUUCAGAAAAUCAUCGAUCAAGUAGUUCGCGAUCACGUUACACAACUUGGUCAGGCUGGGGACUGGGGUAGUAUAGGGAAAUGAGUGCAGACCUUAAGAUGAAUGUGUAAUAAACGUUUUAUUGUCCUAUUUUUUCUAAU